GUCACAUCUUUGCCUCCGAUUGUUACUUCCGAACCGCAAACAUGGUUGAUUUCACUGCAGUGGGAUUACUGCACUGUGCCAUCUUCAUAACAUGUUUGUGCAAAGCUUCUCCGCCUGUCUUGAGACGACCCGUAGAAUUCGGCAAGAGACAAAGAUCCCGUGAUGAAAGAGCAGACGACCCGACCGAGAAUGGACGGCAGAAGCGCUUCCUGCCCAUCCCAAGGCCACAGUGUGAAGGCAAGAAUGUACAGAUCACCAAGGCCCAGAACAUCUCAAUGGCGCGGGUGGACAUGCUCCGUGAACAGAUGGAGUUACAGGGCCUGGGGGCUUACAUGGUCACCAACAAGGACGCACACAGCGACGAACAACUACGACCAUACGACAGACGAGCCAACUAUCUCUCUGGUUACAGUAGUGAGGAAAGUGUCCUUGUUAUUGUGACUAAAAUGUACAGCGUCUUCUUUGCAUACGGAAUCCCGAAUGCUGACCAACAGAUUCCAUGUAACUGGCAGAUCAGGCGACCCGGGUCGCUGAGUGUUGGAAGUUUCUUGAGUCGCAUUGGGGAAGGUGGCAAGGUUGGGUUCGACCCUCUGGCCCUCAGUUAUAACGAUAUUCAGGAAUACAGCAGCGUGCUACUGGAUGGGGGACUCAUUCCCGUCCCAGUGCAUGAGAACCUGGUGGAUGUUAUCAGGAAUGAAACAGACCCCGAACCAAGGACACCACUGUUGGUUCAUGACAUUAAGUAUGCAGGUCGGACUUGGCAGUCAAAGGUAAAGCAAGUGCGAAAGGAGAUGAAGUUAAGAAGUGAUGUGAGUGCAGUUGUUCUGAACACACUUGAUGAUAUUGCAUGGUUGUUCAACCUUCGAGGCUACGACUAUGAAUACAGCCCAACAUUCCUAUCGUUUGCCAUCAUUGAACUGGAAAGAAUAAGACUUUACAUCAAAAACCGGGUAUACAAGCUGACAGACGAUGUUGUCAAACAUCUGAACCUGAGCGAUGACGGAAAAUGUAAAGACCCAAAGUCAACAUACUGCGUCUCGGUUGAGGAGUACGGAACAUUCCUGGAAGAUGUCAAGAGGCUCUCCACUGACCCCGAGGUGCAGUUCGUGUGGAUAGACGCCGUCAAUAAUGCGGGCAUCAUGCUGGCCAUUGGCGAGCAAAAGGUCCAUGAGGAGUUGAAUCCUGUGUCAUUUAUGAAAUGUGUGAAGAACGAAGUGGAGCAGGCCGGUAUGAAAAAAGCCUACUUGAGGGACGCAGUGGCGUUCGUUGACUUCAUGUCUCGGUUGGAGAGGGAAGUCAAAUCUGGCAUUACGUGGACGGAGAUGACGGCAGCCAAAGAAUUACUGAAAUACAGAAGACGUCUUCCACUGAAUAUGGGUGCGUCCUUCGAGACAGUGUCGGCCGUGGGAGAGCAUGCAGCCAUCAUUCAUUACCAGGUUAAUAAUGACUCUGACAAACCUAUCACCACUGAAGAAGUGUACUUGGUGGACUCGGGCGGCCAGUAUCUGGAUGGCACUAUUGAUGUCACUCGGACCCUCCACUUCGGGACACCAAGCGAUAUUGAGAUUGACACAUAUACAAGGAUUCUCAUGGGUUCCAUUGACGUAGCAUCAACGAUAUUCAUUCCAGGGACCUACGGACGAGAACUCGCUUUCGUUGCUCGACGAUACCUGUGGGAGGGAGGUUAUGAUUUCUGGCACGGGGUUGGUCACGGUAUAGGUCACUUUCUCCAUAUUCACGAAGGGCCGGUCAAUUUAGAUAUAAGCCUAACUGAUUUUAUCAACACAAGAUUUUUUGAAGAAGGAAUUUUCCAAACUAUCGAACCGGGAUACUACAGGCUGGGGAAGUUUGGUAUCCGACUUGAGUCAGUGGUUAUGGUCACUCAAGCAGUCAAUCAGACGCUUGCAGAUCGCGACUACACCACCCACACCCAACAGUUCUACAGAUUCGAGACAAUAUCAUUCAUUCCUUUUGAGCCAAAAAUGAUCAACUUUAAAAUGUUAAGUCCACAACAGAUCACAUGGCUAAAUGAGUACAACCGCCAGUGUAGGUUUAGAAUUGGCACAGUGCUCUGGAACCAGGGGAAAAAACUGGCAUAUGAUUGGUUAAUGACGAAGACGGAACCAAUACUAGAGGAACGGAACUGUCAAUCGUCGGCUGCAAGUGUCUUCACAAGAAUAUUUGAAUUGUGUUUCAUAUUAACCUGGAGUUUAUUAGCUGUCUUGUAGUACACAUAUUUUAAAUAAAGGCGUUUUAUAUAUGGUGUAUCAUGUCAUUGUCCUUACACACAUAGGAUUGCUGCCCGAAUCAUAGGUGCUUUCAGGAUGAACGAAUCUAACACUGAUCCGAGAUUAGAGCUAGCAGACCUGCAUAAACAUGUACAUAUGGGCCUACUAUAAUAUCAUCUCCACUUUCACCGGCAAUAGAAAAAUUAGAUGUAAACAUCUCUCCCUUUGACGUUCAGAUAGUACUGUAGUGUAGGCCUACUACUGUACAUGCAAAUGUGAAAUGAAAUAUAAGUGAACAUACAUUUACGUUAGUGCAAUAAAAGACAGAUUAAACUAACUACAGUUUUUCGUUCUAUAUCUUCUCUUCAAAAAUAAGAAAUUGAGACAUAGGAAGGUAAUUAAAUCAAGAAAGUUCAAUGAAAUUGAGUGAACGCAAUAAAAGACAGAAUGUCUCAACGACGACCACAACGUCAGAGGCGCAAGCCAUCGUCUGCUACCCGAGGAAGGGCACCUCCAAUUUCGAUGAUACCUUUUAUCCGUAUAGGGCGGAUUUAAUGUGCUUGUGAAUUGACAAGCGGGUAUAAGAGGAAGCACAAGAUGUCAGGAUCAAAAUUAUGUAUCAUAAGCCUAGAGGUUCUGUCCAUUGUCGGAGAAAUAUGUGUUUGAAGCAGUCGACUAAAUCUGAAGCAGUGAUGAAGGGUGCACCCCUGUCGUCCACUGUCUCACCCGUCGUUCAACUUAAAGACCUCUACUGUUAUAAUUCCUUCGAAACCCGAGUUAAAAUGGUUUCCUAGUGAUGCUAUAGAUAAAUAUUGACAGAUUUAAGUCAAUAAUUCCUACUUAUUUUGGUGUUUUUGUGGUGUAUAUUACUUUUAUUAGGCCACAGCUCAUGCCCGGCCUCCUGUCCGAGAAUAGGGGAGGCCUACUUUCGUUUUAAGUCAUUUUGAGAAAUCCGACAAUUGCAUUGGGUGUGGCAUCUCCGACUUGUCCUCAUUCGUUUCAGAUUGUGAUGAGGGGCAAUUGGUUUCACGAGCUGUUUGCAGGGUUUUAUCCCCUCUGUUCGA